GCGUUGAAGCUCCGGACGCCACCGCUCAUCGCUUGCUGGAGAACUCCCCCGUGUGCCCGGGACCCUGCGAUCAGAACCCCGCUCCUCUCUCCCCGUCCCGAAGCGGCCGAAUAAGGCCCGGCCCACCGGGGGGGCUUGUCUUAUACCGCAGAGGGCGAAGGUCGCUGAUAAGGGGAGCGGCGACGCUUCCCUCCCCUAAAGCGCUAUCGCCAUGCCCCCCCGGUGAGAGAGACGAGCGCACACGCUGCCCCUGCUCCCGCCAUGAACGGAUCGUACUCCCUGACGGGCGAGGGGAGCGAGGGCGGCGCCCGCCGCAACGAGUCCUUCAGGUUUGUGUCCGAGAAGACGACGCCUCCCAGCCCCGCGUACCCCGAGCAGACCCCGCCGUCCUGCAGCCUCAGCGUGAGCCAGGUGUCUUACACCGUCAGUGAACGUGUGGGGCCAUGGUGGGACCUUCCCUCCUACAGGACAAGAUGGACUCGGAAGAUCCUCAACGAUGUGUCUUUCCAUGUGGACAGUGGCCAGAUCUUGGGAAUUCUGGGAAAUUCGGGCUCAGGGAAGACCACACUCCUGGAUGUGAUCUCUGGGCGUAUAGGGAAAUCAGGCACCCUGAUGGGGGAGGUCUUUGUGAAUGGAAGGAAGCUAAAACCGGAACAGUUCCAGGACUGUUUCUCCUACGUACUGCAGAGUGACAACCUCCUGAGCCACCUGACUGUGGAGGAGACGUUGACCUUCACUGCGCAGUUAGCCUUGAGGCGGCAUUCUGCUGAGGCAAUCCGCAAGAAGGUGGGGAUGGUGAUGGCGGAGCUCAGCCUGAGUCAUGUGGCCCACAGCGUUAUUGGGGGGCGCAUCUUUCCUGGCAUCUCCGGCGGAGAGAGGCGGAGAGUGUCCAUCGCCAGCCAAUUGCUCCAGGACCCCAAGGUCAUCCUGCUGGAUGAGCCAACCACAGGGCUGGACAGUAUGACAGCCAAUCAGAUUGUGGUGCUGCUUGCUAAUCUGGCCAAGAGGGACCGCAUCGUCAUAGUGACGAUCCACCAACCACGUUCUGAGCUUUUCAGGGUGUUCAGCAGGAUAGCCAUCAUGAGCUGCGGGGAGCUGGUGUUCUGUGGCCAGUCUGGGGAGAUGGUGGACUUCUUCAGCGAGCAAGGCUACGAGUGCCCCGAGUACUGCAACCCCUUCGACAUCUACGUGGACCUGACGUCGGUGGACACUCGGUGCAGUGAGCGCGAGGCGGAGACCUUCAGCAGGAUGCAGGACAUCGCCUCGGCCUACCGCCAGUCGGGAAUCCACCGCUGCAUGCUGGACAACGUCGGGAGGGCCUGCCAGCUGACCGACAAGCCCCCCGUCCCCUUCAAGAGCAAGGAGUCCCCCAGCGGCCUGUCCAAACUGGGGGUCCUCUUAAGGAGGACCGUGAGGAACCUGUCCCGGGACAGGAUGGGGGUCAUGAUGCGUCUCUCCCAGAAUCUCAUCUACGGGCUCUUCGUGGUCUUCUUCGUGAUGAAGCUGGACAAUGACAUCACCAAGGGGGCGGUGCAGGACCGCAUCGGAAUCAUCUACCAGGCGUUGGGGGCUUCGCCUUACACCGGCAUGCUCAACGCGGUCGCCUUGUUUCCGGCCCUGAGGGCGAUCAGUGACCAGGAGAGCAAGGACGGCCUGUACCACAAGUGGCAGAUGUUCUUGGCCUACAUCUUCCACAUCCUCCCGUUCAGCAUCGUCAGCGUCUUCAUCUUCACCUCCUUCCUGUACUGGACGGUGGGGAUGUACCCGGAGGUAAACCGGUUCCUCUGCUUCUCGGCGGUGAUCCUGGUGCCUCACAUAACAGGAGAGCUCCUGACUCUGGUGGUGCUGGGCGUGGUCCAGGACCCCAACAUGGUCAACACCGGGGUGGCCCUGCUCAACGUGGCGGGCAUCAUGGUGGGCUCUGGCUUUCUCAGGAGCAAUCAGCACAUGCCCACCGUGUUCAAGAUGCUGAGCUACCUCACCUUCCAGAAGUACGGCUCCGAGCUUCUCAUCGUCACCGAGUUCCACGGCCUCAACUUCACCUGCGGGAACACUCCGGGGCUUUCUCCAGGACCGUGCAUCGUGGGUAAUGGGGAUGACAUCAUCGAGCAGGGGUACCCGGGCGCUCUGUCCCGCUACACGCUGGACUUCAUCAUGCUGUACGCCUUCCUGCCCGCGCUGGUGCUGCUGGGGGUCAUCAGCUACAAGAUCCGGGACCACCUCAACCGCCGCUGACCACCUCAACCGCCGCUGACCACCCCAACGGGCACUGUCCACCUCAACCGCCGCUGACCACCCCAACCGCUGCUGACCACCUCAACCGCUGACCACCCCAACCGCUACCGACCACCCCAACCGCCGCUGACCGCCCCAACCGCCGCUGACCACCCCAACCGCCGCUGACCACCCCAACCGCCGCUGACCACCCCAACCGCCGCUGACCACCCCAACCGCCACUGACCAACUGCCACUGAACUGUGAUCAGACAGUGUUAACACACUGGAUAACCUAGUACAGCGAUGAGAGGAAGUUCAUUAUCUUGAAAUAUCUACUUAUAAAUUCCUGUGUGAAUAUGACUCCUCUGGUUAGGAGGGUGAACAUUCUGUGCGUUUUCUUCGACGCGUAUGAAUGCUGAACGUGUUCAGUGAAAGCAGUCCAUCUCUUCUAAGCACUUUGAGAGAAUAAUUUAUUGUAAGAAUAGAAGUUAAUCAUCAAACAAUUUAUGUACAACAAUAAAACGUUUUGCGGAUUAUA